AUGGUUUCUGAGUUUGUAUCAAAUCCGUUUUACUCACCAGAGAAUCCAAAGGCUUUACCAACUUAUGGCACUCCGAUAUCUGCCAUCUUAUCAGUAUUACAUCAACAUGCCGGUGCUAUCUUUAGUUAUAAAGCAAUCUCUGAUUCUGAUUUAUUCGACAAAAGUUUAAAAAAAUGGGUAACUAGAGAUAUCAACGAUGUCUAUUUUAAUGAAGUUGAUCUUACGGUUAACGCUGGUGCAGCACCACUAGGUUAUGCAAAAACUUCAGACAAAAUUACUGGUAUUAUUACUCCAGGUUUUGGAUUACCUUAUUUUAUUGAUAGUUUCAAAAAGAACGUCAAUAAUUCAAGAUUCGUCUUUAAUGUUGGUACCUUGGAUUACGAUAAAAAGUCUUGUUCUUUGAUAAAUGAUUAUACGGUCCCCUUAGCUGCCGCUGAGAGGCUCGGUUUUCCAGUGAUUUCUCCGAUCAAUAUUAAUGAAGUUCAAGCUACUAGUUUGUUUGCUAUUAUCGCUGCUAAAUACUCUACUUCUAAUAAUGUCAUCCAUUUAUUCGAUGGUAUUAAUUUAAGUAAAACAGUUUUAAAAAUUCAAGAAAAAUUAACUAUUGAUGAACAAGCGAUCAAAGAAAUAGAAAGUCAUCUAUCUGUCAAUCCUACUUUUGAAGAUGUCCUUGAUGAAUUUAAUGAGACUACUGGCCAAAAAUUACAUAAUUUUGAAUAUUUUGGUGAUAGACAUGCCGAGACUGUCUUUGUAACCUACGGUGUCAUUGAAAAUCAACUCUUCAAAGAUUCAAUUGAAGGUUCUUUAUCGAAAGUAGGUUUACUUUCAAUUAGAAUUCCUCUCCCAUUUUCUAAGGAUAGAUUUGUAGCUCAUGUUCCAAGCACCACUAAAAAGAUCGUCAUUAUUACCCAAUAUUCUGACAAUACUAACCCGUGCUUUUUAAAAUCUCAAAUAUCACACGCUUUAUUUACAAGUAAUCGUAGAUCAAUUUCAGUGUCUGAUUAUUUAUAUGAACCUACUUUUGCUUGGACCCCAUCUGCUGUCUCGCAGAUUGUCUCAAUCUUUGUUCCAAAUUUUGAAAGUAAACAAAAAUUUAGCGAUGGAAAGAAUUUCAUCUUUUGGGCUUCUGACAAGAGCACUAAUCUCAAUUUAGCCUCAAGAAUCAUUUACGGCGUAUCGUUAGGUGACACUACCAGCAUUUCGUUAAGGACUAAAUUUAAUAAUAUUGUUAAUGGUGGUAUCUUCCAGGCUCAAUUUUCAGCAAACCAAAAAGAUUCUACUGUUUCAAUAUCAAAUAUUGAUAAUUCAGAUGUUACUAUUGUCGAAGAUCAUUCCUUAUUAAAGAGUGUUGAUGUAGUGGCAACGGCAAAACUUGGUUCAACCCUAAUUGUGCUAUCUAAAAAAACAUUUGCUGAAAAAGAUUUAAACAACUCAGACUUUUUCACAAAAGACUUGGAUAUCCCAGAAAAUGUUUUGGUUAAAUUUGUUGAGAAAAAAUUAAACUUAAUUUUUAUUGAUGCUGAGGUUAUUGGAAAUAUUAAGAAUGCCAGUGGUGAUGAACUUUCAUUUGUUACACAAUUUUUGUUUUGGAAACAUGCUUAUCAAUAUGAUACUGAUAAGGCUGUCCGUUACAUUUGGGAGUCAUCAUGCCCAGAUAAAGAAUUGCCAGCAUCUUUUAUUGAAAAAACUAUUCUUGAUCUUAUUGAUUCAACUGUAAUAGAAAUCAAAUUGGAUGUCUUUGAGAAUGUUAUUAUUGACAAAGAUAUUGAUCAAAAAUCUCAGCUUAUAGCCUAUCUUCAAGAUUCUUCGUUCACUCCGAAUCCUUCAACUGUUGAAUCUGAACGAGAUAUUACCAUUGAUUCAAGUUUAGAUAUAUCAAAACUACUGACUUUUAAAGAAGCUUAUAAAACGAGUUCUAGCUUGAGACCGGAUUUGCCUGUCAAAAACUUUGUUGUUAAAGUUAAAGAAAAUAGACGUAUUACUCCAACAACUUAUGAUAGAAACAUUUUCCAUAUUGAGUUUGAUAUUUCAGGAACUGGCUUGACAUAUGGUAUUGGCGAAGCUUUAGGUAUCCAUGCCAGAAACAAUGAGACUUUAGUUAACGAAUUUAUCGAAACAUAUGGUUUAAAUGGUAACGAUAUAAUUUCGGUACCUAAUAAGGACAAUAAUCGUUUAUAUGAAUCCAGAACAGUCCUUCAAGCUUUUAUUGAGAAUUUAGAUAUAUUCGGUAAGCCUCCAAAACGGUUUUAUGAAUCGUUGGUUGAAUUUGCGACUGAUGAGAAUGAGAAGAAAAGAUUGCAAGAUCUUAUCGAACCUGCCGGUGCGGUUGAUUUGAAAAGAUAUCAAGAUGUUGAGUUUUUUACUUACGCAGAUAUACUUGAAUUAUUUCCAUCUGCUAGACCACCUUUGGAAAAAUUAGUGGAGGUAAUUGCUCCUCUAAAAAGAAGAGAAUACUCAAUUGCUUCAUCACAAAAAGUUCAUCCAAAUGAGGUCCAUUUGUUAAUUGUUGUAGUUGAUUGGGUGGACAACAAAGGCAGAAACAGAUUUGGUCAAGCUUCUAAAUAUAUUUCUGAUUUACAAGUAGGUACUGAAUUAGUUGUUAGUGUUAAGCCUUCUGUUAUGAAAUUGCCACCAAAUCCAGAACAACCAGUGAUUAUGAGUGGUCUUGGUACUGGAUUAGCUCCAUUCAAAGCAAUCAUCGAAGAAAAAGUUUGGCAAAAACAACAGGGUUAUAAUAUUGGAGAAGUUUAUUUGUACUUAGGUUCAAGACAUAAGAAGGAAGAGUAUCUAUAUGGUGAAUUAUGGGAAGCUUAUAAGGACGCGGGUGUUAUCACUCAUAUAGGUGCUGCUUUCUCAAGAGAUCAACCUGAAAAAAUUUAUAUUCAAGAUCGUAUCAGAGAGAAUUUGAAAGAAUUGAAGAGUGCCAUGAUUGAUAAACAAGGUUACUUUUAUUUAUGUGGACCAACCUGGCCUGUACCAGAUAUUACUGCUGUUUUACAAGACAUUAUUUCCGCCGAUGCCAAGGAUAGGGGCGUUAAAAUAGAUUUGAAUGCUGCUAUAGAAGACCUAAAGGAUUCAUCUAGAUAUAUUUUGGAAGUCUAUUAG